AACCCAAAACCCAUUCACAUUUUCCUCUUUGUUAGGAGAUCAAACAAGAUGAAAAGUACAUAAAAUUCUCAGAAUUCACAUGAUUACCAGCCCCAAUUCUUCCCUCAUGAAUUCUUAGUACCUCCUAUUCUUCUACACUUCCGUUUAGACAAACAGAAGAGAGUGAAUUUGCAAAUCAAAAUUCGAUUUUUUUUUGUUUUCUCCAAACAGAGAUGGCGGGGGGCACUUCUUCCCUCAUGGAAACUCUCUUCCAGCGCACUCUGGAGGACCUGAUCAAAGGCUUCCGCCUGCAGCUCAUCGGCGAGUCCGCCUUCAUCUCCAAGGCACUCGACGAGAUCCGCCGCGAGCUCAAGUCCACCGACCCCCAUACCAAGUCCACCGCCCUCCACAAGCUCUCCUACCUCUCCUCCCUCCACCACCACGACAUGUCCUGGGCUGCCUUCCACGUCGUCGAGGUCAUGUCCUCCUCGCGCUUCGCCCACAAGCGGAUCGGCUACAACGCCGCCUCGCUCUCCUUCCAUGACGCCACCCCUGUCCUCCUGCUCAUCACCAACCAGCUCCGCAAGGAUCUCACCAGCACCAACGAGCUCGAGGUAAGUCUCGCCCUCGAAUGCCUCUCCAGAAUUGCCACUGCCGACCUUGCUAGAGAUUUAACCUCUGAAAUAUUCUCUUUGUUGUCGAGUAGUAAGGUUUUCGUUAGGAAGAAAGCCAUUGGCGUUGUUUUGAGGGUGUUUGCCAAAUACCCAGAUGCCGUGAGAGUGUGUUUUAAGCGUUUGGUUGAGAACUUAGAUAGCUCGGACCCCCAGAUUUUGUCUGCGGUUGUCGGGGUCUUUUGUGAGCUCGCCUCGAAAGACCCUGGAUCGUAUCUUCCUCUGGCGCCUGAGUUUUAUAGGAUAUUAGCAGAUUCUAAGAACAAUUGGGUCUUGAUUAAGGUAUUGAAGAUUUUUGCCAAGUUGGCUCCAUUGGAGCCGAGGUUGGCGAAGAGGGUUGUUGAGCCGAUAUGUGAGCAUAUGAGGAGGACCGGGGCGAAAUCGUUGAUGUUUGAGUGUGUGAGGACUAUUGUGAGUAGUUUGAGUGAAUAUGAAUCUGCUGUGAGGCUUGCCGUCGUGAAGAUUCGGGAAUUGUUGGUCGACGAUGAUCCAAAUCUCAAGUAUCUUGGAUUGCAGGCGCUUUCGAUUGUUGCGCCAAAGCACUUGUGGGCGGUGUUGGAGAACAAGGAGGUUGUGAUUAGGGCGUUGAGCGAUGCGGAUCCUAAUAUCAAGCUUGAGUCCUUGCGUCUUGUGAUGGCAAUGGUUGCUGAGAGUAAUGUGAUGGAAAUUUCCAGGGUUUUGGUGAAUUAUUGUCUUAAAUCUGACCCAGAUUUUUGCAAUGAAAUUCUGGGGUCCAUUUUAUCAACAAGUUCUAGAAAUGUGUAUGAGAUGAUUAUUGACUUUGAUUGGUAUGUGUCUCUUCUUGGAGAAAUGGCGAGGAUUCCACAUUGCCAAAAGGGUGAUGAAAUCGAGAAUCAGCUAAUUGAUAUUUGUAUUAGGGUCAAGGAUGUUAGGCCCGAGCUUGUUCGGGUUGCUCGUGAUCUGCUGAUUGAUCCUGCAUUACUUGGUAACCCUUUCUUGCAUAGGAUAUUAUCUGCUACUGCUUGGGUGGCAGGGGAGUAUGUUGAGUUCUCCAGGAAUCCAUUUGAACUUAUGGAGGCACUUUUACAACCUCGUACAAGUCUCUUGCCACCGUCAAUAAGGGCAGUUUAUAUCCAUUCUGCUUUUAAAGUAUUAAUCUUUUGUCUGCAUUCAUACCUGUUGCAAAGGGAGGGUAUUACAUCUUCUAGUACUGAUAAUUUGGUACUGGGCGCUUCAGAAUUAGUCUUGAAAAGGGAAAUGCCAGAGGGUUCUGAUUUGGCAACAUGCGAAGUUCCUCCUGCUCAUGGUGAACAGGAUGAAGGGUUCAACCCAAGGGUUUCGAAUCAAUCAUUUGAAGAUCUUUCUGUAGAAAAUGGUGGGGAAAGAAUUUCUAGUAAUGGUCAGACAUCUACACCUGAUUCUUCGGAGAACAAUUUCACACAUGAAUCUAUUGUUAACUUAUUAAAUAUAAUUGAAAUGGCUUUGGGCCCACUCAUAGGAAGCCAUGAUGUAGAAAUAUUGGAGAGAGCACGGAAUCUAUUAUGUUUCAUUGAGUUGAUCAAGGGAAAAAUAGCUGAAUACUUAGUGCAGAAGGAAGAAUAUUUGGAAAGUGAAGGGAUGAAAGCUUCCAAAAUUAUCGAACUGAUGUGUGAUGCUUUUUCCGAGGAGCUUUGUCCAGUCUCAGUUAGUGCUCAGGAAAGAGUUCCUAUACCAGAAGGGUUAGUGCUUAAGGAGAAUCUUGAUGAUUUGGAGACAAUCUGUGGUGAUAUUCAACUACCUCCAUCAAAUUCAUUUUCUCUUGGAAGUCCUCAUUAUGGGGAGGGGGUUAGUGCUUCUCUCUCUGACCAUCAGAGCAAAGAAGAGUCAGAACCAUCAAAUGAGGCCACGUCUCUGCUCAGGGAACACCGUAAGCGGCACGGUAUAUACUAUCUUCCUUCAGAGAAAAAUGAAAUUGUAGCAACUGAUUAUCCACCUGCCAAUGACCCUAAGUUGCAGGAUGGUCUUAGUAAAGACACUGAAGAUCUAGUUAAGCUUACAGAGGAAUCACUUAUUACAAAGAAAAAGCCAAACCAUGCAAAGCCUAGGCCUGUAGUGGUCAAAUUGGAUGAAGGAGAGGUAGUAUCUAUUUCAGCCAAAAGGCCAGAGCCAAAGGAUGAUUUGCUCUCUGGUGCUGUGCGGGAAGUUCUUUUAGGAAGUGACACUAGGACGACUUCCUCACGAAGUAACCCAUCUGAUAACUUUUCCAGUAAGAGAAAAGGGAAGGAAAAGCUAAACAUUGGUCCUUCUUCCGAAUUGAAAGAUAAUUUGGGUGAUGCAGAAAAGCAUGAGCAUGAAAAUCCAAGUUCAAGAAGAAGCAAACACCAUACUCACGGUAAGGAGAGAAGACAUAAGAGUCCAGGAAAGACUAGCGAGGAAAGGGAAGAAAAUGUUCAGAAAGGGAAGCACAAGAGUAGUCAUCACCAUGCUAAGCACAAAGCUCGACGAAGAGCUGAUACGCCCUUGGACGUGGUUUCACAAGCACCAGUAAUUCCAGAUUUUCUUUUGUAGCAUUAAGGAUCUGGAAUCGUUAUUUGUCAUCAGAUGCCACAGAGAACUUCAUUGUCCCCUGUACUCAAUCACUUUGACUGAUAAGUCUCAAAGUGCAAGUUAAUGUCUAAUGAUAGCAGGACAACUUGGAGUGCGAACUUAGGUUACUUAGCCUGAAAGCAGUGCCUAAGGUGAGUUGCAAGGUGUAAGAUUCAAUAGCCUCUUAAUAAUUGGUUGGGUUUGCAAAAUCUUUUUGAUCUCUUCAAGCAAGAAGCUUUCAAAAGGGAUCCAACAUCUUGGUGCAAAAGAAAUUCUUGCAAUUCUGGUGUUGCCUUUUGAUUGCAGCAAUAGUCAUUGCUUUUUGGCAGACCAGUUCACAUAGGAUGAUCUACUACCCUGGAUUGCUACUGCACAUGCAAAGGUCUCUUCUUUUUAAAUGUUCUCAGGGUAAUGCUUGUUCUGUUUGAACUGUAUUUUACUAAUUUUUACAAUUCAGGCAUGCAUGUUUGGUGCACUUUGGUUUUGAUCAGAAUGAGCCGUCAGGAACCAGAAGUAAAAAUUCUGUUAGAUAGGGAUUCCAUAAAAACUUCUUUCGAGCAA